ACGUUACCACAUGCUGCUUCGGUGUUUACCUAAAAUAAUAAAUAAUCUUGAACCCGUAGAGCGUCGAACUAACGCUACGAGUCUGUUACUAGUGUGUACAUUUAAAUAAGGAUCUCUUUGACGGCCGUCAGACACGUGUUCGUUUGUUUGGGCUAAAUCCCACGCGCUCCUCCCAACGGCCGCAAGAUGGCGACGUUACAGAAGCAACGGGACGAUGACAGUGCGUAUGUCCAAGGAGGUGGGAUUUCCUCCUCCUGCUCCUCCUGGGGAUGUGUCGGCGCGCGGUGCACCUGCGUUAUCUGCUGUAUGGGUCAUCAUCCGCGAAGAUGCUGCGCACGGACCGGCGCCACCAAUAGUCGCCUCGAUCAGGACACCAUGUCGGACAAAAGUGACUUAAAGGCGGAGCUGGAGCGCAAGAAGCAGCGCCUCGCCCAAAUCAGACAGGAAAAAAAGAUAAAGGAGGAGGAGAGGAAGAAGAAAGAGGUAAGGAAAAAAUCGGAGAGCCAGCAGAAGAGAGAGGCCACCCCGGAGGAUUCCGACUUGGACCGAAAGCGCCGGGAGACCGAGGCCCUGCUCCAGAGCAUCGGCAUCUCACCGGAGCCUCCGCUAGUCCAUUCUUUGCAGCCUGUAAUGUCAGAUUCAUGUUUUUUUCAUUAUUUAGUCCCGACCCCUGUGUCACCCUCCAAAUCAGGGAGCACACCUAGUGAGGCGGGCAGCCAGGAUUCCACUGAUGGAGGAGGAGGAGCAGCAGCAGCAGCAGCAGCAGCAGCAGGCAGCUUUUACAAAUUGGAUUUUACAAAUAGGUCAGGUUUCUCUAAAAACAAGUCCCAAGCACAGAGCUCAAGGACGCUGCAGUGGGACGCAGACCCCUCUGUGCUGCAGCUGCAAGCUGAUUCUGAGCUCGGGCGCAGGAUGCAGAGGCUGGGAGCCUGUAAGAUCACACAGGUAGACUUCCUUCCCAAGGAGGUGGUGGCUUACUGCAAGGAGACACAGACGCCGCUCACCGCCCACCUGUCUGAAGUGGAGGAAGAAGAGGAGGAUGAAGAGAUGACGGAGGUGAAGCCAGGCCCCGAGUCUGAACAGCAGGAUGAAGAGGACAACAGGGAAAAUGCAGAAGGCCCAUUUCCAGUCCUGCGCGAACUGACAGAGGAGGAGAGGCAGCAGAUCCUGCACUCUUCUGAGUUUCAGAGCUUCUUCGACUGCAGCAUCCGGGUGAUGGAGAGAGCUCUGGCCGAGGACCGAGACAUUUUCUUUGACUACAGCGGCCGGGACCCGGAGGACAAAGAGGGAGACUCGGGGAGCGGCUCCAGUCUGUCCUUCAGUCGUCUCUUCUACGAUGAACACUGGUCGAAACAUCGCGUGAUCACAUGUCUCGACUGGUCCACUCAGUAUCCCGAGUUGCUGGUUGCCUCCUAUAACAAUAAUGAAGAUGCUCCUCAUGAACCGGAUGGUGUUGCGCUUGUAUGGAACAUCAAAUUUAAGAAGGCCACACCAGAAUACGUCUUUCACUGUCAGUCUCCAGUGGUAUCGGUGGGCUUCGCCAGGUUUCAUCCCAACCUGGUUGUGGGCGGGACUUACUCGGGACAAAUCGUCCUGUGGGACAACCGCAGUCACCGCCGGACGCCCGUCCAGAGGACUCCUCUGUCUGCCGCUGCUCACACUCACCCUGUGUACUGCGUGAACGUGGUCGGCACACAGAACGCCAACAACCUGAUCACUGUGUCCACAGACGGCCGGAUGUGCUCCUGGAGUCUGGACAUGCUUUCCCAGCCACAGGAGUCCAUGGAGCUGGUAUACAAUAAAUCCAAACCCGUAGCGGUGACAGGCAUGGCUUUUCCCACGGGAGAUGUUAACAACUAUGUGGUCGGGAGUGAGGAGGGCACUGUGUACACUGCAUCCAGACACGGCAGCAAGGCGGGUAUCUGCGAGAUGUUCGAGGGCCACCAGGGGCCGGUGACGGGCAUCAGCUGCCACAGCGCAGUGGGCACCGUCGACUUCUCCCACCUCUUCAUCACGUCCUCCUUCGACUGGACCGUCAAACUCUGGAGCACCAAGCACAACAGGCCUCUGUACUCGUUUGAGGACAACGCCGACUAUGUGUACGACGUCAUGUGGUCGCCUGUGCACCCUGCAACCUUCGCCGCCGUGGACGGCAUGGGCCGCCUGGACCUGUGGAACCUCAACAAUGACACCGAGGUACCGACUGCCAGUGUGACGAUUGAGGGUGCGUCGGCCCUCAACAGGGUGCGCUGGUCGACGGGGGGAAAGGAGGUGGCUGUGGGUGACUCUGAAGGCCGAGUGUGGAUCUACGAUACUGGAGAGCUGUCAGCGACUCACACCGAUGACUGGGGGCGCUUCGCUCGUACCCUGAUGGAGAUUCGUGCCAACCGAGCCGACGGCGAGGAGGAGGGGCCUUUGGAGCUGGCUUCAUAGAGCAGGACUCUGACACCGAAGAGGAGGGGAUUCGAGACCACGGGGGUGCACCAUGAAGCAAAGAUGGAGGGGUCUGCCACGUAUGUUGAGUUUUCAAUGUCAUGAACAUCGCUCUGGGUCAACCGAGCUGGAUGCCCACGCGUCGGCCAGAGUCCAACAUUCACGGGUUUUUCGUGCGCUCUCAACUGCUGAAUAUGUCGUUGUGUUCUCUGGCUUUUCGCUGAAAAAGAAGCUCUCUGUAAAAUCACACAUUACAUCACUGAAGCCUCGGGGGAACACAAGAGCCACUCCCUUCAUGCAUCCAUUUGUUCCCGGUAAUAUUAAACCUUUACUUUGCACACUGCAUAUCAUAUAUACGCUGCUUUCUGAUUUCCCGCUGGUCCUUUUUCACGCCUCGAUGCAAUCAAAACGUCCGGCCGCUAUCGAUCCACUUCUCCUUGCAGCUCAUGGAGCCCGACGAAGAAGACGGGGGUGAACGACGACAGUUGAUGUGCGUCGACGCGCCGCCCAUCAUCGCUGAUUGGAGGUUUAGGUUGUGGCCGUGCUAUGUUGCUAAGUCGCUUCGUAGUACACCCGCCUGGUGGCGCCAUCGGCGUCACUGUAGCAUGUGUGUCUCAAACCAGUGUAGUUUUCUUUCGUCCCCUUUACGUUCGUUUUGGGGACUUGUCAAAUGUCUGUUUAUGGUUAAGCUGUCACCGAUUUCUUUCUUUCCGCCGCGUGAGCGUACUGUAUAUAGGAAGUGGCGGUCUUAUAGCCUUAUGAAGAUGUCUGUACUGUGACGAUGUUUUGCACUAUCCUAAAAGUUCUGCAGGUUCCAUAGACUAGUCGUGUAUUGUUUACAAAACGUCAUGUUGACUUUAUGUUGUGCUUCUUUUCUGUGUACUCUGCCUGCAUGCGACACCUUCCUGAAGAGUCAUCAUGGUGACGCACUUUGUCUUUUGUUCUGAACAAGAGUACGUUCAUAUUUAACAAACAGUGAAUUAUCCAGAGACGUAUUGUGAUGCAGAGUGCUGGCUGUUAGACGUGUUGUGUUUACUAUUAAAGCCCAGCUGCUGAA